AGGAAGAAAGCGGAAGUCUCAUUUCCCUCGCUUAUUAUCUUUCGUCCAUUCUUCAGAUAAUCAGAGACCAUUCUCGCGCUUUUUUAGUUCAUCAGCCCGUCUUGAUGAAUCAAUUCUCAUAUCAAUCAACUCCAAGAACAACCCAAGAAGCUGAAUUUCACCAUCUCUGCUCCAUUCGAUUGACUUGAGCAUCUAGUUUUCUCGUAAAUAUGUUUGUGAAGCUGCAGUAUUUGGAUACGCCCUGCUUCCACGGACUGGGUACUAUGAGGUCGCCCAGUGUAGGAGUCUCACUUUCCCCCCCAGAUAAUCUCGUCCCCAUUUCCAAGAAACCCAAAGACUGGUGGAUUCCCGAGUCUCCCAACAGAUAUUUGAAGAAAUUGGGUGGAGUUCAAAAAUACACUCGUGAUAAUGGUGGUAGUGGUGGUCGCCGACAGGAAACUGGGUUGAAAAAACCAAGUAAAAUGGAGGAACGGGAAGUCCAGAGAAGGAAUCGCCGUUUGGGUAAUCGGGUUGUGGUGAAUAAGGAUGUGCUGGAUGAUGGAAAUGGGUCGGUGGAAAAAGUGCAGCCCAAGUGUUCGACGAAAUGGCUGUCGUAUGGUGGAUGCAUACCGGCGAUUUUGCAGGCUCUGGAUGAGGUCAGUGACUUGGAUGAAGCUCUGAAGCCUUGGAAAGAUAAGCUUAAUAACAAGGAAAGGAGUAUAAUCUUGAAGGAGCAGAGCAAUUGGGAGAGGGCUUUGGARAUUUUUGAGUGGUUUAAGAUGGCAGGUUGCUAUGAAGUGAAUGUGAUUCACUACAAUAUUGUACUUAGGAUUCUUGGGAAGGCGCAGAAGUGGAGGCUGGUUGAGAGUUUGUGGGUGGAGAUGAAUGAUAAGGGGAUUAAGCCAAUAAAUUCAACUUAUGGGACAUUGAUUGAUGUUUAUAGCAAAGGAGGGUUUAAGGAAGAAGCGUUGGUUUGGCUUGAGAGGAUGAAUGAACAGGGAAUGGAGCCUGAUGAGGUUACCAUGGGGAUUGUUGUUCAAUUGUACAAGAAGGCAGGCGAGUUUCAGAAGGCCGAAAAUUUCUUCAAGAAGUGGUCAUCAGGUAAAUCAGUGAUAUGUGGGAGUAACAAUAACAGCAAAGUAGCUUCUGUUAAAGUUGAGAGUUCUCUGCUCCCUCCUCAUGUUUGUUUGAGUACCUAUACAUAUAAUACAUUGAUUGACACAUAUGGGAAGGCUGGACAGCUUCAAGAAGCCUCUACAACUUUCAAAAAUAUGCUUAAGGAAGGGGUUGCCCCGACAACUGUGACUUUCAAUACUAUGAUUCACAUUUGUGGCAACCAUGGAAAGUUUAAAGAAGUUAAUUUUCUGAUGCAGAAGAUGGAGGAGCUCCGAUGCCCACCCGAUACAAGAACAUAUAAUAUCCUCAUUUCUCUUCAUGCUAAACAUGAUGAUAUUGACUUAGCUUCAAACUAUUUUGCAAAGAUGAAGGAGGCUUGCCUUCAGCCGGAUAUUGUUAGUUACCGUACUCUUUUGUAUGCUUACUCUAUACGGAAUAUGGUUGCGGAGGCUGAAAAGCUCGUAAAGGAAAUGGAUGAAAGGGGCUUUGAGAUAGAUGAAUUCACCCAAUCUGCUCUGACCCGGAUGUAUAUUGAUGCAGGAAUGCUUGAGAAGUCAUGGUCAUGGUUCUGGAGAUUUCAUCUUACAGGGAAUAUGAGCUCUGAGUGCUAUUCUGCCAAUAUUGAUGCAUAUGGAGAGCGUGGACACAUUUUAGAAGCAGAGAGAGUUUUUGUUAGCUGCCAAGACGAGAAGAAGCUCACUGUCCUUGAGUUCAAUGUGUUGAUUAAAGCCUAUGGUGUGGUAAAGGAUUAUGCUAAAGSACAAAAAUUAUUUGAUAGUAUGGAGAGUAAUGGUGUCACUCCUGAUAAAUGUAGCUAUAGUUCUCUGAUUCAGAUAUUGUCUGGUGCGGAUAUGCCGGCCAUGGCACUCUCUUAUCUGAAGAAGAUGCAGUCAGCAGGAUUGGUAAGUGAUUGCAUUCUGUAUUCAGUGGUUAUAUCGAGCUUUUCAAAAUUGGGUCACUUGGAAAUGGCAGAUCAACUGUAUAGAGAGAUGAUUGAACAUGGUGUGCAGCCCGACAUUGUUGUUUAUGGGGUGCUGAUCAAUGCUUUUGCUGACACUGGAAGUGUUAGAGAAGCUAUUACUUACGUCGAUGCGAUGAAACGUGCAGGUUUGCCUGGGAACAUGGUUAUAUACAACUCCUUGAUAAAACUCUAUACCAAAGUUGGCUACCUCAAAGAAGCACAGGAAGCAUACAAAAUGCUUCAACAAACAGAGGAUGGUCCAGCUAUAUAUUCUUCGAAUUGUAUGAUUGACCUCUAUAGCGAACGUUCAAUGGUCAAAGAGGCCGAAGAGAUUUUUGGGAGCUUGAAGAGAAAGGGAGAAGCAAAUGAGUUUACUUUUGCUAUGAUGUUGUGCAUGUACAAGAAAAUUGGAAGAAUUGAGGAAGCCAUUUGUAUUGCUAGACAGAUGAAGGAACAGGGACUUUUAACAGAUUUGUUGAGCUUUAAUAACGUGAUUGGUUUAUACGCAAUGGAUGGACGAUUCAAGGAGGCGGUUGGAAUAUUCGAAGAGAUGAUGAAAGCUGCCAUUCAACCUGAUGAAUGCACCUACAAAUCGCUCGGGGCUGUCUUGUUAAAAUGUGGAGUUUCAAAGCAGGCAGUCAGCAAGCUUGAAGUAACAGCAAAAAAGGAUCCUCAAAGCGGAUUACAGGCGUGGGUUUCGGUUCUGUCUGGUGUUGUUGGAAUGAAUGUUAUGGGUGAUCUGUAGUUAUUCUACUAAGCCCCCAUGGGACAGAACCAACCUGAGUUAAUGUUGCCCCAAAUUAUCUUACCUGAACUCGAAGGCAAAUUCAAAGCUCAUGGAGGACCGACCUCGAAUUCGACACAUUACAACAUCAAGAGGAAGUUCGGCCAAAAUAUCUGAGAUCUUGGGAGUAGUUAGUAUGAAAACAACCCAAGCCGAGAUAUAAAGUCAAAUGCAGGCUAGCCUUUGGUGUUCUUCACGUGCAGAUGCAACUUUUUUCCCCAUUGAUUGCAGAAUGGAAGGUUCAGAACAAGCAAAUCGAGAGAGA